GUUAUGUUCAUAAAAUGUACAUACUGGCGCUUCACUCUCUACGAAACAUUGUGAACUGACGAUGUUUUGGUGCAACAUUAAUUAUUCGUUUCUCAGUGUGCUUAAAAUAUUGAAUAACUGAACAAUUCCCCUCGUGCCGAUAAAAGUGUGAUAAUAGUUCCUACAGUCUUUUCACUCUUCAGUACAAUUCGCGGAAAAACAAUGUUUGCUGCUUACUGCCUCAAAGCUGUAAUUUUCAUUAUUCUGAAAAUUAUUUGGGUGGCUUUUAUACCAUUGAACAUAAUAAGGUUAUUUUAUAAACGAAAAAUUUGUCCCCCCGUAACGAAUGACAUUCUCCUCCUACCUGCUACCAUCUUGGCUGAAAAAAUUAGGAACAGAGAGCUUUCUAGUGAGACUGUAGUAAGAUCAUAUAUUGAAAGAAUUUCUGAAGUAAACCCCUUGUUGAAUGCUGUGAUAGAAGACAGAUUUGAACAAGCUCUGGAAGAAGCAAAGGAUGUAGAACACACUUUGAAUAGUUUUUCCUCGGUGAAGGAGUUGAAGAAAAAAUAUCCCUUGCUGGGAGUUCCUUUCACUGUAAAAGGAAGUCUUGCAGUACGAGGAUUGGAUCAUUCCUGUGGAGUAAAAAUGAAGCAGAAAGAAGCCUUGAAUAAUGCUGCCACUGUACAAAAACUGAUAGAUGCUGGAGCAAUUCCUUUAUUGGUUUCAAACACUCCAGAAUUUUGUCUCAACUGGGAAACCACAAACAAACUUAUAGGAACAACCAACAAUCCCUACGAUACAAGAAAAACCGUUGGUGGUUCCUCAGGAGGUGAGGGAGCUCUGAUGAGCGCAGCAGCCUCAGUUAUCGGAAUUGGCUCUGAUGUGGCUGGAUCUCUACGUAUUCCUAUGCACUACUGUGGUGUUUGGGGACAUAAACCAUCACCAAAAAUAAUAUCCAUAGAAGGUCAUUAUCCUAGCUGUCCGGAGGAAGAAUGGCCUGAAUUUUUUCACGUGGGACCGAUAAGCCGAUAUGCCUCUGAUUUGUCAGAGGUCUUUGAACUACUGGUCGAGCCUAACAUGAAAAGUAAACUAAAGCAACCUGGGGAUUUGAGAAAAUUGAAGGUGUAUUAUUUGAAGGAAAUCAAGAAUUGUAUUGUAUACAGUGCUAACGAAGAUACAAAGAGGGCGGUAGAAAAAGUGGUGAACUAUUUCAAUAAUUAUACUGUGAAUUCUAUGGCUAAAGAAGUUAAUGGUGAUCUCUUCAAAUUUUCUUCAGAAUACUCUUAUAUAAGAUUGCUUUUGAUGAACAAUGUUGACAACCUAUUCAAAGGAAAGGGAGAAGGUGCACAUAUGGAGCUAUUACGUUUUUUUUGUUGUCAAUCACAAUCAGUAUUCACAUCGAUUGCUUAUGGACUUUUAAGAUGGUGGCUUUGGGCUUUACCAGAAUUUUAUAAACAGAAAACGUUCAACGAUCUGGAGAGUCUUAAGACACAGAUUUUAGAGUUUCUGGACGAUGAAAGUGUUUUAAUAAUACCCACUUUCAGCAAGGAAGCUGGUUUUCAUGGUGAUGUGUACAAAAGACUGUUCGAUUAUGGAUAUUGUGGUAUUUUCAAUGCCUUAGGAUUACCAUCUACCGAUUGCCCUGUUAUGCAAACAGCAGAAGGGAUGCCUAUAGGAAUUCAAGUUGUUGGAGCACCUUAUUGUGAUCGACUCUGCUUGGCUGUUGCUAGAGAAAUCGAGAAGGCAUUUGGUGGCUGGAAGCCACCGACUCUUUCAGUUAACGGGCAACAUAAACAUUGACAUGGAAAUUUUAGGAAAAACCAAAGAGCAUAGCAUGGAACUAAAUUAAAUUGGACAAUACUGGUGAAAUAAAAGAAUUAAGAAUGUAUAUGUAUAUAUAUGAUUUUAUAUAAGAAACAAUAAAAAUAAAAUAUCA